CAGGAAAAUACUAACUUUCAUGUUAUUAUCGAUGCAAAGACAGUGUGGGUGUACCUAACAAAGUGGCCGAUUAGUGCCCAGCUGCCUUUCACUUGCAACCAAAGCAACCUGCAGAGAAUCUUCCUCCCCAGAAAGUUGCAUUCCAGCAGGGGACGCACAAGAGUCUGCUUUUCUAACCGUGUGUCGCCUCUCUGCUGCAGUUCUCCUGUCAUUCAGUCUGUUUGCGUCCAAAGCAGAAGCACUUUGGCGUCCCUCUGCCUUAGCGUUUGGAGCAAAAAUGCUUGUUUUACUCGUCUGUGCAGGUGAACACACCUGGACUGAAAGUGGAUCCACGUUUGGAACCUGUGCAGAGUAGAACAUGUCCGGGGGAGUUUAGGAAUACCUGCAGCAGGAACACACACGCAGUGUCCAAUUGUAAACAUCCAUCAACAAUGCCAGGAGUGUGCAGGUGCAUCAUCAGGAAUUUGCCGUUUCUCCUGCUUCUUUGCUGGGAGCCUGUGAGGUGCCAGCGCACAACAGACCACAGGAAGGUCCCUCAGAGGGCAGCACAGGACUUUAGAGCAGACCUUGGAGGACCUCAGGGUUCCUGGGGGACCUGGGGGUCCUGGUCGGCCUGCUCCCUGACCUGUGGAAGUGGCGUGCAGGAGAGGAGUAGACCCUGCCUGCGGGUCUACAUGCCAAGAGUACCCCCCUUACAGCAAGGAGUUGUCAUCUCAGCCCUGAAGCCUUCAGUUUCUGUGUACCGAGACACCGGGAAAUCGUCUGAGGGCGACGGUCACGAAAUUGCGACACCACCUGGUGGGCACAGGACGAUUAAUCCCAUCCUCCCAGGCAGGUACGGCUAUGGAAAACCUCCUUUGGAGUCCGAUACGGGCCACCCGGCUUCUGGAGGUGUCCAACACUCCAACAGGCACAGACGCUCCACUUCUUCCCAACGUUUUGGUCUCGGAUCGCACCAUCACCUCCACAGCCGAGCCCAAACGCAGCCCAUGUGGGCGCCGCUCUACCAGCAGGGCUCGGCCAGACACGGUCCUGGACCCCAGCAGCAGAACACGGAGAGGCCGUACGACCCCCUGCCUACCUCUUGGUGUACGGGGGAGCACGCCCACCACAGGCUCUGCAGCAGUAACGCCUGUGCUGCAUCCAGCAAACACAUCCGAGCAGUGCAGUGUUCCACCUUCAACAAGCAGCCUUUUAUGGGCAGGCUCUACGACUGGGAGCCUUUUAAUGAAGUCGGCGGCGGUCAGCACUGCCAGCUCAACUGUCGAGCGGCGGGCUUCAGGUUCUACGUGCGGCUGUCUGACAAGGUGAUUGACGGGACGCCCUGCGGACUCAAUGACUCUUCUUCUGUCUGUGUGGAGGGACAAUGCAUGAGUCCGGGCUGCGAUGGUUACCUGGGCUCCGGGAGGGUGAUGGACACCUGCGGCGUGUGCGGAGGCGACAACGCCACCUGCAGGUUGGUCUCGGGAGUCUUCCAGCACUCCCUGUCCAAGAUCGGCUACCACAAGAUCGCGGAGAUCCCGCCGGGAGCCACCAAGAUCAACGUGACGGAGAUGGCCAAGAGUCGCAACUACCUAGCGCUCCGAAGCCGAUCAGGACGCUCCAUCAUCAAUGGCAACUGGGCCAUCGACCGCCCGGGGAAGUUCGAGGGCGGGGGCACCAUGUUCACUUACCGCCGACCCAACGAGAUCAGCAGCACCGCUGGCGAGUCCUUUCUGGCCGAGGGUCCCACCGAUGAGAUCCUGGAUGUCUUUGUGAUCUUCCAACAAGCCAACCCAGGUGUUCACUACGAGUACAUGGUCCCCUCUGAGAGACAUGGACACCAACCAAACCACACGCCUGAAGGGAACGCAGUGAACGAGCAAGAAUACCACCCGGCGGGCGGAGGGCGGUAUCCCGCUACCGUCAAGCCCCCCAGACGCGAGAGGGACUACGAGUGGAAGAUGGUUGGAACGAGCGAGUGCAGCGCCUCUUGUGGUAAAGGUUCCAGGUAUGCCGUCUUCCACUGCGUCCACCGACUGAACCGAGUCCAAGUUCAGGACACUUUCUGUGACAGCAACAGCAAACCAACACCGCAGGAAGAACCCUGCAACCUGGAGUCCUGCCCGGCAUUUUGGGAUAUUGGCGAGUGGUCGGAAUGCAGCAAGAUGUGCGGCCUGGGCAUGCAGCACCGCCAGGUCCUGUGUCGCCAGGUUUACGCCAACCACACCCUCAACGUGCACACCAGCCGCUGCAGCCACCUGGAACGGCCCGAAACCGCCGGCACCUGCCAGAUGAAGAUCUGCAGCGAGUGGCAGAUCCGCUCGGAAUGGAGCGCGUGCUCGGUGCCGUGCGGGCUGGGUCAGAGGUCACGGGAGGUUCGCUGUGUCAGCAAUGUGGGCGACUUUGUUCCGGACGCAGAGUGCAACAUGAACCUGCGGCCCGUCGACUUAGAGAACUGCGACAUGGGAACCUGCGCCAAGAGCUGGUUCUACACUAACUGGGGCGCUAAGUGUUCCACUGAGUGCGGGAUGGGCGUCCGUACGCGAGGCAUCCUCUGCCUGACCAACCACAUCAGCAGCCUGCCUUUGGAGGGCUGCGGAAGCGAGCGGCCCCCGCACACCCAGGUGUGCAACAACGGCCCCUGUGAGAACGCCAUGGAGUGGUUCACCGGGCCCUGGAGUCAGUGCUCUGCAGAGUGCGGCGCAGGCAGCCAGCAGAGGGCGGUGGUGUGUCUGAUGAGCUCGCCCGACGGCUUCGCCGUGGCGCCUCAGUACGAGUGCUCGUCGCUGGAGCGGCCCCUCGGCCAGCAGAGCUGCAACGUGAGAGCGUGCGGCGCCAAGUGGUACUACACCGACUGGAGCGCCUGUUCCAAAACAUGCGAGGGAGGUUUCCGUGUGCGUGAGGUGCGUUGUCUCACCGAAGACAAGCAGUCCGGAAGCAGCUGUGACGAGCAGCUCAAACCAGCAGCGCGGGAAAACUGCAACCCGGAGCCUUGCGUACCUCAAACAGACGACCACUGCAAAGACCAGUUCUUCAACUGCAACGUGGUGGUCCAGGCCCGUCUAUGCGUCUACGACUACUACAAGGACGCCUGCUGCGCCUCGUGCUCGCGUCACCCGCACAGACAGUCCGUCGUCCACAGGGGGCGCAGCUAACGAUCACAUCCAGGGGGCCCUCGGCUCCACGUGGGGGACUUUGAACUUCUUGUUAACUGGGGACAGGAAGUAGAAACAUUUUGUGUGAGUGUGUGUGUGUGUGUGUGUGUGUGUGUGUGUGUGGGGAGCAAGGAUGCAGCUAAAAUCA